AUGAGUUUAGAGAAACAAGUUGCACAAGUGGCUAAUUCUUUGAACUUGCGUCCCCAAAGUGGGCUGCCCGGCGAUACUAAGCCCAAUCCAAAGCAAUUGCAUGCGGUAAGCACUAGAAGUGGGUUGCAAUUAGAGGAACUAACUCCAAAGAAGAGAGACACUGAGGGUAUCCCGAAGUAUGCUAAAUACGUGAAGGACAUAGUGGCCAACAAGAGGAGACUCACUGAAUAUGAAACUGUAGCACUUACUGAGGAGUGCAACUCAAGGAUUCAAAACAGAUUGCCCACAAAGUUAAAAGAUCCGGGUAGUUGUAUUGUGCAGAUUACAAUUGGCCAAAGUGUUCAUGCCCGGGGGUUGUGUGAUUUGGGGGCAAGUAUAAACUUAAUGCCUCUAUCUUUGUACCAAAAGCUUGGGUUAGGUAGUCCAAAGCGAACCACUGUUAUUCUCCAACUUGCAAAUAGAUCCAUUGCUAGGCCAGAAGGGGUGGUGGAAGAUGUGUUAGUGCAAGUAGGUUCAUUAAUUUUUCCAGUAGAUUUUGUGGUCUUAGACUUUGAACCCGAUUAUGAAGUCCCAUUUAUCUUGGGACAACCUUUCUUGGCUACGGGUAGGGCAUUGAUUGAUGUAGCAGCUAGUCAACUAACCAUGAGAGCACAUGAUAAGGUGGAGGUAUUUGAUGUUUAUCGCGUUUUAAAAUUACCUUCUAUUUAUGAAGAGCUGUCUGAUAUUACUGUGAUUGACAGUAUAAUAAAGUCACAGUUAGUUUUGCCCGAAAACCCAUUAGAAAGAGUGUUAGUGAGUCAACAGUUAGAGGGGGAUGCGGAAGUUCAAGAGACUGAAUCAUGCUUAAAUCUAGCAAUAGUAGAAACUCGUAAGAUUCAAGUGGAGUCUUUAAAUCGCGAGCUAGGACCCCAUCCAAAACCAUCAAUUGAAAAGGCUCCUAAGUUGGAGCUAAAAGCCUUGCCAGCUCACCUAAGGUAUGCUUAUUUGGGUACUAAUGAAACUCUGCCCGUUAUACUUUCUGCAGAAUUGUCUGAUUUACAGGUUGAGGCAGCAUUAAGAAUCUUGCAGCGGAGGAAGAAAGCAAUUGGAUGGCAAAUGGCUGAUAUUCAUGGGAUUAGUCCAGCAUUAUGUAUGCACAGAAUUUACAUGGAAGAUGAUCACACACCAAGUGCACGACAUCAACGUCGUCUAAAUCCUUUGAUGAAGGAAGUAGUACGAAAGGAAGUGAUCAAGUGGCUAAAUGCUAGGGUUGUUUACCCAAUCUCUGAUAGUAAGUGGGUAAGCCCCGUGCAACGUGUUCCCAAGAAGGGAGGUAUAACUGUGGUAAGGAACGAAAAGAAUGAGCUAAUUCCUACUAGAACAGUGACAGGAUGGCGAAUUUGUAUGGAUUACCGAAAACUUAAUGUUGCUACUCGGAAAGAUCACUACCUCGUUCCCUUUAUUGAUCAAAUGCUUGACAGGUUAACAGGGCAGGAGUACUAUUGUUUCCUAGAUGGCUAUUCAGGUUACAACCAGAUCCUAAUUGCACCCGAAGAUCAGGAGAAGACCACAUUCACUUGUUUUUACAGGCGAUUUAUCAAGAAUUUUUCCAAGAUAGCAAGACCCAUGUGCAGCCUUCUGGAGAAAGAGGUGAAGUUUGACUUUAAUGAGAUGUGCUUAAAAGCUUUUGAGAUGCUGAAGAGGAAUUUAAUUGAGGCUCCCAUUUUAAUUGCCCUUAAUUGGGAACUACCUUUUGAACUCAUGUGUGAUGCGAGCGAUGUAGCAGUGGGUGCAAUGUUGGGACAAAGAAAAAAUAAAGUGUUCCACUCAAUCUAUUAUGCAAGCAAGACCCUUGAUUCUGCACAAGCUAAUUACACAGUGACUGAGAAGAAGAUGCUGGCUCUAGUGUUCGCCUUCGACAAGUUCAGAUCGUAUUUGGUAGGCACUAAAGUGAUUGUUUUUACUGACCAUGUAGCUAUUAGGUACCUAUUCAACAAGAAGGAUGCUAAACCAAGACUGAUUCGAUGGAUACUACUUCUCCAAGAAUUUGACCUCAAAAUCAAGGAUAGGAAGGGUACGGAAAAUCAAAUAGCAGAUCACUUAUCUAGGUUGGAAGAUUUUUCACAUAUGAAUGAAGGUGAGUAA